CAAAAGGGGGAGGGGAGCUGGAGGAGAGCGUGGUGUGUGCGCGUAUGGAUGGAUGCUACGCACUCAUGCCGCCUCUCUCCCUCUCUCCCUCUCUCUCUCACACACACACAGGCACACACUGAGAGAUGGUGUGUGUGAGCCAGCCCGCCAGUCAGCGCGAGUGUGUGAGCCAUGUUGGAUGUGAAUGAACGAGAGGAGGGAUGCUGCCGCCGCCGCCGCGCCGAUCGUAAAGCCCACACCUCCGGCUCCACGGACCACAGCGGGUAGAUGCCAACUCUCCGGGACGGCAGAGAGACGGGGGAGCCUGGGGAGCUUGGGGGAAGGUGUCGGGCGGCGCUGGCGGUCCUGGAACUGGCCACCUAGCCGGACCGGAACGACAGGAGGGGGAGAGAGAAGUAAGGUGGAGACGGGGAGGGAGCGAACGCGCACUCUGGAGAGAAAGGUGGUGGAUAGUCUGAGGCGGAGAAGGGAGAAAGGAGGGGGAGAGAUCCGGAGAAAGGAAGAGACUAAAUGGCUGCACCUAUAACGGGCUUUACCCCGCUCCUGCUCUCGUCUCUGGCGCUCCACCUGCUUCUCCUCGGUCCUUUGUUAGCCCUCGCCCCGGGGACGGUGAGCACAGGAGGGGCUUCCAGCAGAUGGACCCCUGCCCUCCGCUACCGAGACGCCGGUGAAGUAAACCAGCAGCAGCAGCGUAGGGAAGCAGGCGAAUUACCGAGGGGCAACUGGGAUCUCCGCUGGAGCAGGUGGACUGUAGUGCGGAUACAGAGAGAGGGAUGCGCCGGGGCGCAGCUCCUAGGAUGGACCCUGGGAGGAGAUCUACGGGUCGGAGCAGGGGAAAAGAGGCUGAGAGGAUUACAACGCCCCGGGGCUCCUUUGCUACCACCUUUCCCUCUUCUCCCCGGCGCCAGGGGCAGCGGUAACUCUGAUGGCGUCGGCGCAGCGGAGGGUGUGGAGAGAGGCGGGAUGGGGAGAAAGGGCGUUGUUUCACCUCCCGCUUCACCUGCUUUUGCCUCUUCGCUGCCUCAAAACGGCAAGAAAAAGGCAGUACAAAGGACUAAAACGUGCGUGCAACGGUGGACGGCGCCGAGGCCACACCUCGCCAAACGUGAUGCUGCCGGAGCCUUUGUGCACGUCUCCGGACCGUGCAGCUCACCCGGAAGUGGCGAGAGGAGGGGAGGAAAGGUGUGCAGAGGGUCUCCUGAGGUGAAGAGGCUCUUAGCUGCAUGGCAUGUUCACUGUCUAAUCCCUAACAAGCAACUCAUCCUUCCAGCCAACAAGCCUUCUCUUGGCUCCGUUCCAGCUGCUCCUGCCUGCUGCAAUCCUCCUAUUUCUGGAUCCGGUUUACCUCAUACUGAUGCUUCAGAUGACAUUCUGGACCGUAUCAGAGCAGCAAAACUGGACUACAUGUGGCAGUUUCCAACUUUUAAUUUCUGCAACAACGGCUGCAUCCUCGAGACCAGGCAGCAAACAGUUUACAGGGACAACUGCAACGAGAUGGUUCGGGAUGCCAAUGGAAGCUCAGCUAGAGUGGACAGGAGGGCUGCUGAUUGUUUUUAUUUGGGAAGGCACAAUGUUAUUGGUCUAAACAGCAGCGGAGAGGGGUGUGGUGAUAGAAGGGUGUCUGGGUGCAUGGCAAGCAGAGGGGUUUUCCUAGAUAGCUCCCUUUUUGGUUGUAGGAUUGUAAAACCUAAGGAUGCCAGAAUUACUGAUGAAGGGAGGGGUGAUGGUAGAGAGGUAAAUGAUCUCAGAGGAGGAGGAGGGGUUGACCAUGUCAACAAACACGUUAACUUGUCUAAUUACCCGGAUAAUGAUUUAGUUUUUCCAUCUCCGACGCGGGGGAAAUCAGUUCCUGCAACCAGGCAGCAGAGCAGUCAAACCCAGGGAGAGAGGAGGGAGGUAACCGGUGGUUGCUUUAGCUGUUUGGGCCGAAAAGAAAUGGGGCCUGCUCUCGUUAUGGCCCCCAAGGGAGGCAUGGCUCAGAUGAAUCUCCUCAUCCAAUUUGCACUCAACAGCAUUGCAGAAAUGCCUGGCCGACAGGUUUUAUCCAACAAAAGAGCUGUUAUGUCGCUCACUCAGACAGAUGCAGAUAAUUAUUCGAAGGGAGUAAAACAAGGUAAAAAGCUCCAUCUGUGCGCUUCAAAAGUGGAAAAAACUUCAGAGGCUGAGCCUGCCAGUGACUCAGGCUUUUUCUUGACUGCUAAGAUUCCUGGUGCUGUGUCAGCCACGACUUUCACUGCUGCUGAACGUAAUCCAUUUCUCCGUACGCAGCCUAAUCACACGAUAGUAAAGUAUGUCUCAUUUCCCCUCCAAAUUAAUCUGACCACACAGCAGGGUGAGUCCCUGUUUCACUCAACCCAAGCAAACAAGGUAGUUUCAGCACCAACAGAUUCUUUGCACGUGUUUUUAUGGAGCAGAUUCAACACUAACCACAAUAACAACAAUGAAAACAAACAGAACAGUCGGAGUGAUGAAUAUGGACGUGAAUCGGCUUUUGAAAAAUCCCCUUGGGAGGCUGAGAUACAGCAAGGAGAUUUUGGGUGUGCUGGAAGCAUUUCCAGUGACUGCUCAGCAACCGAGCGAGGUGAAGGGGCACAUAUGCAAUUAAAAUCCAGUAAUCAAGAGCCAUUAGAGCCCGAAGGUGUCAGACAGUCAGAUAGGCCGCAGAUGGGGGCUGGAGAAGAAAGGGAGAGGAGUGCUGAAAGGGAGGGAGAGGGCUUGGAGAGGCCCGUUGCUGCUGUUUGGGGAGGAAAAUUACAGGUGGGGGAGGGCGCGGCGCGGCUGAUGGGAGGCAGGGAGCAACGUGCAGAAGAGGAGGAAGAGGGGUGGGAAAAGGAAAGGGUAAAGGGAGUAACAAAGGAGAGCCAAGAAGAAAAAGAGGCAAAGGGAGGUUUGAGUCACGAUAGGGGCAGCAGCACCUCUACCAUCACAAAGUUUGAUCGCAAUAGAAGGAAGAGAGAAAGCCAAGCAGAUGAAAGUCACCAGGAAGGCGAGGGGGUUGAGGUUGAGUGGGAGAAAAGACACACUUCAAGGGGAGAGAGGAGCCUGGAACGCCUGAUAAUAGUGGCAGAUGAUGAUACUUCUCAGGGAGAAAAGGCGAGGAAGAUUUCGAUGCCAUGGUCUCGUUCCAGACGUGCGGCCAACAGACACCCUCAUUUCUUGCCGUAUAACUACCAAGUGCAGGUGGCAGAGAACCAGCCGCCAGGCACCUCUGUCAUUAUAAUGUCGGCCACAGACCCUGAUGCAGGUGAUGCGGGUAGGGUGAGCUACACCAUGGCCCCGCUGAUGAAUAGUCGAUCGUCUGACUACUUCCACAUCCACCCAGACACAGGACUCAUCACCAGCACUCAGAUUCUGGACAGAGAACACAUGGAUCUGCAUUACUUCCGGGUCACAGCGACCGAUCAUGGAUCCCCUCGACUCUCUGGCACCACAAUGGUAGCUAUUACUGUUUCAGACCGUAAUGAUCACUCGCCUAUAUUUGAGCAGUCAGAAUACAGAGAGACAAUUAGGGAGAAUGUGGAAGAAGGUUAUCCAAUUUUACAGCUGAGAGCAACAGAUUCAGAUUCUCCAUCCAAUGCCAAUAUCCGCUACCGGUUUAUUGGUGAGUCUGCUACAGUGGCGCGAGCUGCCUUUGAGAUUGACCCACGUUCAGGACUCAUCACAACCCGUGGAGCUGUGGACAGGGAAACAAAUGAACAUUACACACUUCAGGUGGAGGCCAGUGACCAGGGGAAGGAUCCAGGUCCACGCUCUGCCACUGUCAAAGUUUUCAUAACCGUACUGGAUGAAAACGACAAUGUGCCACAGUUCAGCGAAAAGCGGUACGUGGUGGCAGUUAAGGAGGAUGUUCGGCCUCACUCUGAAAUCUUACGCGUCAGCGCCACAGACAGGGACAAGGACAGUAACGCUGCUGUUCACUAUAACAUCAUCAGUGGUAAUAGCCGUGGGCAGUUUUCCAUUGAUAGUGUAACAGGUGAAAUUCAGGUGGUGGCACCGCUGGACUAUGAGUCUGAGCGGGAGUAUACGCUCCGUGUUCGUGCCCAGGACAAUGGCCGUCCACCUCUCUCCAACAAUACUGGAAUUGUCAGUGUGCAGGUUACUGACGUCAAUGAUAAUCCUCCUAUCUUUGUAUCCACACCAUUCCAAGCAUCUGUACUUGAGAGUUCCCCAGUUGGCAGCUCAAUCCUCCACAUUCAGGCUAUAGAUACAGAUUCGGGUGAUAAUUCCCGGCUGGAGUACAGGCUGACCGAGACUGGCUCUGACACACCCUUCAUCAUCAACUCUGCAACAGGCUGGGUCACUGUCAGCUCCAUUCUCGACAGGGAGUCUGUGGAACACUAUUUAUUCGGUGUGGAGGCUAGGGAUUAUGGCAUGCCACCUCUCUCUGCUACAGCAAGUGUCACCAUUACAGUCAUGGAUGUUAAUGAUAAUCGCCCCGAGUUCCUCCAAAAGGAGUACUAUGCCCGCCUGAACGAGGAUGCAGCUGUUGGUACCAGCGUGGUGACUGUCACGGCUGUGGAUAGAGACGUAAACAGUGCAGUGACCUAUCAGAUUACAGGCGGAAACACCAGAAACCGCUUUGCUAUCAGCACAGCACUUGGAGCGGGGCUUCUUUCCUUAGCUCUGCCGCUGGACUAUAAACAGGAGCGUCGUUAUGUUCUAACUGUCACUGCGUCGGACCGCACCCUUCAUGACACCUGCCAGGUGCACAUCAACAUCACUGAUGCCAACACGCACCGACCUGUUUUCCAGAGUGCCCAUUACUCUGUGAGCGUGAACGAGGACAGGCCACCCGGAAGCACCGUGGUUGUGAUUAGUGCUACGGACGACGAUGUCGGAGAAAAUGCUCGGAUCACGUACUUUCUUGAAGACAACAUUCCCCAGUUCCGCAUUGAUCCGGCCACAGGAGCGAUCACACUCCAGGCCGAGCUUGACUAUGAGGACCAAAUGACCUACACUUUAGCUAUCACAGCCAAAGACAAUGGCAUACCACAGAAAUCGGACACAACGUAUGUUGAGGUGAAUGUGAAUGAUGUUAAUGACAAUGCACCUCAGUUCCUCAGUCCCAGAUAUCAGGGGACAGUGAGUGAAGAUGCCCCUCCCUUUACUAGUGUCCUGCAGAUCUCGGCCACCGACCGUGACGCACAUGCCAAUGGUCGUGUUCAGUACACCUUCCAAAACGGUGAAGAUGGAGACGGAGAUUUUACCAUCGAACCCACAUCUGGCACUGUACGAACUGUCCGUCGUUUGGAUCGGGAGAGUGUGCCAUUCUACGAGCUCACAGCCUAUGCUGUGGAUCGUGGGGUGCCCCCUCAACGAACCCCUGUCCACAUUCAGGUUACGGUUCUUGACGUAAAUGACAACGCUCCUGUCUUCCCCGCUGAUGACUUUGAGGUCUUGGUGAAGGAAAACAGCGCUGUGGGGUCUGUGGUAGCCCAGAUCACUGCCACUGAUCCUGAUGAAGGUGUCAACGCUCAGAUUAUGUACCAAAUUGUUGAGGGCAACAUCCCUGAGAUCUUUCAGAUGGACAUAUUUUCAGGAGAGCUCACCUCCCUUAUUGAUCUGGACUAUGAGGCUCGUAAUGAAUACGUAAUUGUAGUCCAGGCCACAUCAGCACCUCUAGUGAGCAGAGCCACUGUUAGAAUCCGCUUGGUGGACCAGAACGAUAACCGGCCAACCCUGCAGGACUUUCAAAUCAUUUUCAACAACUUUGUUUCCAAUCGGUCCAACAGUUUCCCCAGUGGGGUGAUCGGCAGGGUGCCAGCCCAUGACCCUGAUGUGUCUGACAGGCUGUACUACACCAUCGACAGGGGCAAUGAGCUUCACCUUCUGCUGCUGAAUCACACCAGCGGAGAGAUCCGACUGAGCCGAAAACUGGAUAACAACAGGCCCCUGGUUGCUCCCAUGCUGAUCACUGUAACAGACGGCGUCCACAGCAUCUCAGCCCAGUGUGUUCUUCGUGUCCUCAUCAUCACAGAAGACAUGCUGGGCAGCAGCGUCACAGUUCGCCUCCAGAACAUGUCUCAGGAGCACUUUCUCUCACCGCUGCUGGGAAAUUUCCUGGAGGGUGUGUCCGCGGUACUCUCUGUGCCCGUCGAAGACGUUUUCAUCUUCAACAUCCAGCCGGAUUUGGACGCAGCACCGGGACGCAUCCUGAAUGUCAGCUUCUCGGCCGCGUUGCCGGGCGGCCAUUUCUUCCCCUCGGAGGCUCUGGAGGAGCAGCUGUAUUUGAACAGGCCCCGGCUGACAUCACUGACGCAGAUGGAGGUUCUCCCAUUUGAUGAUAACGUGUGUUUGCGAGAGCCCUGCCAGAACUACAUGAAGUGCAUCUCAGUGCUGCGUUUCAAUAGCUCCGCACCCUUCAUCUCCUCGCCUUCCAUCUUGUUCCGGCCCAUUCACCCCAUCGCCGGCUUGCGGUGCCGGUGCCCGGUGGGCUUCACGGGCGAUUACUGUGAGACAGAAAUCAACCUGUGCUACUCCAACCCCUGCCUGAACGGAGGAGUAUGUGCCCGCAGAGAAGGAGGCUAUACCUGCAUCUGCCGUGAAGACUACACCGGUGACCGAUGUGAGUUUGAUCGCAGGCAGGGCCGAUGCGUGCCCGGCGUCUGUCGUAAUGGAGGGACGUGUCAGGAGCUUUCCAGCGGCGGUUUCCGCUGUGAGUGCCCCCCAGGAGGCUAUGAGCACCCGUACUGCACCGUCACCGCCAGGUCCUUCCCACCAAAAUCCUUCGCUAUGUUCAGGGGCCUCAGGCAGAGAUUUCACCUCUCCAUCUCAUUAAGUUUUGCCACCCUGGAGAAGAGCGGUCUUCUCUUCUACAAUGGACGCUUCAAUGAGAAACAUGAUUUCAUUGCCUUAGAGAUCCAAGAGGGACAAGUGGUCUUCAAAUACUCCACAGGUGAGUCGUCCACUCAGGUCAGCCCCUUCUUGCUCGGUGGCGUGAGCGAUGGAAACUGGCACACGGUUCACAUCCAUUACUACAACAAGCCAGCUACACGCUAUCCCAGACGCAGUUUGAUUGGAGAAGCCCAGGGUCCGUCCGAUGAGAAGAUAGCCGUGGUGAGCGUCGACGACUGCGACACGGCUCUCUCUCUUCGCUUCGGUACACAGCUUGGAAAUUACAGCUGCGCUGCGCAGGGCAAACAGACCAGCAGUAAAAAGUCUCUUGAUCUGACUGGCCCUUUAUUCCUGGGUGGAGUCCCCAAUGUGCCCGACAACUUCCCCUUCGGCAGCAGGGAGUUUAUCGGUUGCAUGAAAGACCUGCACAUUGACAGCAAGGCGCUGGAUCUGGCUGGAUUUAUUGCUAACAACGGGACGCUUCCUGGUUGCAGUGCCAAACACCCGUUCUGUAAGUCCAACCCGUGUCAGAAUGGGGGUACCUGCAGAGUGAGCUGGGAGACAUUCUCCUGCGAUUGUCCUCUCGGAUAUGGAGGAAAGGACUGCAGCCAUACCAUGCCACACCCACAUCGCUUCCUCGGGAACAGCGCUCUGUGGUGGGACCUGAAGAAUGACGUCACCAUCUCCACCCCCUGGUAUCUGGGCUUGGUGUUCAGAACCAGAGCACGAGAGGGGACCUUGCUGCAGGCCCAGGCUGAUAAGUACACCAGUCUGCUGUUCCAGGUGAUAAACGGUCAACUAGUGUUCUCAAUAUCCCGCGGAUCCACCAGACUAGUGCGCUUGCGACUGGAUCAGGUUCAAGUGGCAGAUGGCCGGUGGCACGACCUCCAGCUGGAGCUGCGAGACGUCCGCAGCGGCCGUGAGACGCGCUACGUCGCCACUCUGCGGCUCGACUUUGGACUCUAUCAGGGAACAGUGAUCGUGGGAAGUGAGAUUCAUGGCUUGAAGGUGAAACAUCUCCAUGUUGGAGGAGUGCUGGGCUCUGGGGAGGUUCAGAACGGGAUAAAAGGAUGCAUACAGGGGGUUCGUCUGGGUGUGAGGCCAGAUGCCCCCGCGCUCCCCCGCCCAUCCAGAGUCAUGAAAGUAGAGGCUGGCUGUAGUGUUGGAAAUCCCUGUGUCUCGUCUCCUUGUCCUGCUCACAGCCGCUGCACCGACGUCUGGGAGCGCCACACCUGUAUAUGUGAACCCGGGUACUAUGGGAAAAGCUGCACCGAUGCCUGUCACCUGAAUCCAUGCGAAAACGAGGCUCAGUGCCACCGGAAGCCCAGCUCUUCCCAUGGAUACAUUUGUGACUGUGGAGACAAUCACUAUGGGCAGUACUGCCAGCACAGGAUUGACCACCAGUGCCCCAGGGGCUGGUGGGGAUCUCCCACCUGUGGACCGUGUCACUGUGAUAUGAACAAAGGCUUUGACCCCGACUGCAACAAGACGAGUGGACACUGUCACUGCAAGGAGUUUCACUACCAUCCUCGAGGCUCUGACACCUGCCUCCCAUGCGACUGCUACCCGGUGGGCUCCUUUUCACGAUCAUGUGACCCCGAGACGGGCCAGUGUCAGUGCAGGCCUGGCGUGAUCGGCCGCCAGUGCAACAUGUGUGACAACCCCUUCGCUGAAGUCACUAAUUCAGGGUGUGAAGUCAUCUACGAUGGCUGUCCAAAGACCAUCACUCAGGGGAUCUGGUGGCCUCGGACCAAGUUUAACCUUCCUGCUGCCGUACCCUGCCCUAAAGGCUCUGUUGGUGCGGCAAUCAGACACUGUGAUGCGGAGCGAGGGUGGCUGGAACCAGACCUUUACAACUGCACCUCGCCUCCGUUUGUGGAGCUCAACAUUGCUCUUGAUUCUCUGGAGCGUAAUGAGACAGAGCUGAACACCAUCAUGGAGAAGAAGCUAGCUCACCAGCUCAGGGACGUUACCGAGGCUACCACCCGGCUCUAUGGCAACGACCUGCAGAUCGCCGAACGACUUCUCUCCCGCCUCCUGACAUUUGAGACCCAACAGAACGGCUUCGGCCUCACUGCCACUCAGGACGCACACUUCAACGAGAACAUCCUGCGAGGCUGUAGCGUGCUGUUGGGUCCCGGUACCUCUGGGCUUUGGCGGGCUCUCGCUCAGAAUCAGAAUCACCUCCUCGGCGGUGGUCCGGCUGAGCUGACGGACCUGCUGGAGCAGUACUCCAAGAACCUUGCCCAGAACAUGAAGCUUACCUACCUCAACCCCGUGGCCUUGGUCUCCCCCAACAUAGUGAUGAACCUAGACCGCGUGGAGAACCACACCCACGUGCGACGGCGUUUCCCACGUUAUCAGCACACCUUGUUCCGUGGUCAAGCUUUGUGGGACCCUUACACCCACGUUAUACUGCCCCCUGCUGCACUGGUGCCGCAACGCCAGCAGCAGCAGCAGCACAGCUGGAAGGAGAAGGAGCGCUCAGAGAAAGAACCCUCGUCCCCUCAGGGUGCCGCCUCCGCCCCUGCUAGCAUCUCAGCGAACCACACGAAAGAAUAUACGGCUGCUAGACGCAGCGUUUCAUUGACCGACCCUCCCAUCACCAUCGUCAUCUUGCUGAUUUACCGGAGCCUCGGGGCGGCCCUGCCUCCGAAGUACCACGCAGACCGGCGAGGAGUGAGGCUUCCCAGACACCCGGUUAUGAACUCCCCGGUGGUGACCAUCUCUGUCUACAACAACCAGACGUUCGUGGGCGGUCACCUGGACCAGCCCAUACUCCUGGAGUUCAAACUGCUGGAGACGGCCAAUCGCAGCAAGCCUCUGUGUGUGCAGUGGAACCACAGCAGUCCACAUGAGAUUGGAGGUUGCUGGACAGUGAGGGAUUGCAUAGUGGUGUACAGGAACACGUCCCACGUCCGCUGUCAGUGCCAGAGACUGGGCACCUUCGGCGUGCUGAUGGACAGCUCCCAUAGAGAGCAGUUGGAGGGGGAUCUGGAGACUCUGGCCCUCGUGACGUACUCCUCCUUGUGCGUCUCCAUGCUGGCCCUCCUCCUCACCGUCCUGGUGCUGUCUUGCCUCCGGGGCCUGAAGUCCAACACUAGGAGCAUCCACUCGAACACGGCGGCGGCCAUGUUUCUGUCAGAGCUGGUGUACUUGCUUGGGGUCAAUCAGACUGAACAACAGUUCCUGUGCACGGUCGUCGCCAUCCUGCUGCAUUACUUCUUCAUGUCCACGUUUGCCUGGAUGUUCGUCGAGGGUCUUCAUAUCUACCGCAUGCAGACCGAGCAGCGCAACAUCAACUACGGAGCCAUGAGGUUCUACUACGCCAUCGGCUGGGGCGUGCCUGCCAUCAUCACAGGUCUGGCUGUCGGCUUGGACCCUGAAGGUUACGGUAACCCAGACUUCUGUUGGAUCUCCAUGUAUGACAAACUCAUCUGGAGCUUUGCUGGCCCUGUUGCAAUAGUCCUACUGAUGAAUGGAGGGAUUUUCACGAUUGUAGCCAAGAUGUCCUGUAACCCAUCUCAGAAGGAGACUAAGAAACUUCCUGUCAUUGCUACUAUCCGAAAUGCCUUUCUGCUGUUGCUGGUUGCCACCUCCACCUGGCUGUGUGGUCUGAUGGCGGUAAACAACAGCAUCCUCGCCUUCUACUACAUCUUUGAUGUUCUCUGCCUACUGCAGGGUAUGUCGGUGAUGCUGGUCUUCACUGUCUUCAACUCCGAAGUCCAGGAGGCCUGGAGAGUUGCCUGUUUGGGAAAGAAGAGCCCUGGAGAAGACCCACCGAGACCGCCGCAGAACGCUGCUCAGAAUCCCUACCAUAAUGCAUCUCUGUUGGAGCAGAGCGGGCUGCACCGCAUCACCCUGGGGACCUCCACCAUCUCCUCCGUCAGCUCGGCAAGGGAGAAUCUGUUGGCACGUCAGAAUCUGGAGCAAAACAUCGUCCACACUGGAGCGACUGACCUGGAUGUAGCCAUGUUCCACAGAGAUGGAGGUGGGGAUUCAGAUUCCGACUCAGACCUCUCCAUGGAUGAAGAGCGAAGUCUCUCCAUCCCUUCCUCUGAGAGCGACGACAACGUGCGUCUCCGGGGGCGCAUCCAGAGGCGAUUCAAACGCUCCAAUCACGGCGAGCGCCUGCUCACCGAACCCACCAACAACGGCACGAAAGAUUUGGACGGCAAUGACCUUCUGUCCUACUGGCCUGCUUUGGAUGAAUGUGACACCCUGCAGAAGUGGGGCUCAGAGCGCCCCCUGGGGGGGGAUUACAACAAGGAUGCUGCCAACAACAACCAGCUGGAUGCGGCGCUCACCAGCGGGGAUGAGAAUGGCCUCACCCAGCCACACAGGCACCGCAAGGGUAUCCUGAAGAACCGCCUUGGUUGUCAACCAGCCCUCCAGGGUCUUUCCUCCAUGGGCCGGGUGCCGAGUGAGCUCAACUGGUACCGCACCUCUACACUCGGACACCGAGGGGUUCCAGCGGCUUCCUACGGUCGCAUGUACUCUGCUACCGCCGGUGCCACUGGAGGUUCUGGUUCUCUCUCCCAGCCAGCUUCCCGCUACUCCUCAAGGGAGCACCUGGACUCACUUGCCAGGAGGCAGCUGUCCAGGGAUCCCCUUGGAAGACAGACGGUUGGGGGAUCAAGGGAGCGUCUGGACUCCCGGGGUUCCAGGGAUAACCUGGAUCUCCUGCCCAGGAGGAGAGAACUAGGGUUGGGACUAGGAGCGGGGCUCGGGGGCUUGGAUCACCAGCGAGUCUCAUCAUCUAGGGAAAAUUUGUCAGGAUCCAGGGACAGACUGGACAACCAUCACGCCACCAGCUUCCACGCUUCGAGGGAGGAUUUGAGUGGAAAUGGGGGAGCUGUCGGAGCCGGGAUGGAAGGAUACCUCAGCGGGUCCAGGUCUCAGUUGAACUCAUUAACUCGGCGACAGGCCUCAUCGCGGGAGCACCUCGCAGGGGCUCUGAUAAGUAGUAGGUCGAGGGAGCAGUUGGAGGCCAACGGGGUGGGAGCUCAAGCUCAGCCUUGUCGGGAGUGGCUUCGCAGUCUACCGCCCCGCCAGCCCUCGCACCCCGACCAGCCUCUGUCUGCCUCUCCUCCUCCCCCGAUCUCAGAGGAGCCACAGCAAGAACAACUACCUCCUCCAUCUCAUGUCAGAGGACGCCUGGACUCUGCACCUUCAUGUAGGUACCCUGGUCAGACUGUACCCCAGCUAGCAGGUUCAAGUCCAAACCCUCUGGUUCGACAGCCGUCCAGUGAACAGCUGGACAUUUUGUCCUCCAUCCUGGCAUCCUUUAAUUCCUCUGUCCUGACUCCUCCUACCGCCUCUAACCCUGGCCCUAAUGGCUCCGCCCAUGGACCCUCCCCUUCCCCACCCCAGUCUACCACUUCUCACAGCAUAUCGGAAGUCUCUCCCGACUCGGAAGCCCACAGAAGCGAGGGACAGUCUUGAUGACGGCCUCCACGUCUAUUAAAGCCUUGCAACAAUGCUGGGACAAGUCAGAGGAUCCAAAAACAGGAAGAUCGACAAAGAAAAUUUACAGACAAAAACGACUCUGACAAAAGAGGAAACUGGAGAGUGGGAUGUUUUGCGUUUAUUACCUUUUUUAAGUCCCAUCGGUCACAAUCUAUGGAUCUAUGGACAAUGAAUCAACCUAUUCUACUACCUAAGAACGGUUAGACAAAAAGGAAAUUAGCAAAUUGAAAAAUCUCCUCAGAUGUUAAACAAACCUGAUCUAAAUGCGAUAAGUCAAAACAGAGGGAGAAAAAGUGUCUGUAAAUAGUCUUUUUAUACAUUUUUUAUCUUUUUCAUUGAAGGUGAAAAAAUAUCUUGUGAUGUUUCUUUUUUUUUUUUUACGCAGUCGUGUCCAUGUGAGGUUGUGAAUGAGGUUGAAGCGAGUGCUGUUUUGCGUGUUGCUGAGGGAAGAACUUUCCUCUACAAAGUAAAGAGAAAAAAAAAAGAGAAAAAAAAAAUCCCCAAAUUUCUUCCCAGAAAUACAUUUUCCUCAGAAUGUUUUCCUCAAACCUUUGAACUUCAAGUAAAGCGACAGGGGUCUGGUAACGGAGUAUCUGAUGAGAUUAUGGACAGCCGUGGAUGAAGGGAUAAUAUCAAAGUAUCGGGAAGCGAAUGUAAACAGAGGUAGGGAUUAUUAUAGGAGAGGCGAGAUGAUGGAGCAAGAUGAUUGUGCAAAAAAAAAAAAAAAAAAAAAAGAUAGCUAACAACACAUUAGAUUCAAAGCUGGUUGUUUAACCAUUAAAGCUCAGUCACAGGUGUCCGCUGUAAUGGGGAGGUCGUGCAGUUUUGUGAUCUGAUGUAUAUAAUUGUGACCCUGUCAUCUUUCUGUGUUGCACCUGGUGCUGUCUGAACCAGACCCUAUCAGUCCACUGAUGUAACAGGCACACAUCACCGGCGUUUUAAAAAGCUGGCGGGCGAAAGUCGACCUCGCCGUCUGCAAUCUCUCCGUGAGGCCGGAUCGUGUAACAACCACUUUUUAAGAACCCCUCAAGGUAUCCUUUACACUUUGAUGCAUCAUGACUCAACCUGCCUAGAGGGGGUGCGCCACAGGAGCAGCCGAAUCUCUCCAGCAGCAACAACCAGGAAACUCAUUUGUAAAAAGCUCCUCAUGCAGAAGGCUCUCGUGCAAAUCUAAGCCAAAGGAACAUGAAUCAGUAUGAAACACUGUUUUUACCCUUCUCUCAGCAAUGAAAAUGCCUUCCACAGGGUGAGACGGCUGUGGAAGUAAUCCACUUUUGUUAUAGCUAUGAUUUUUUUUUUUUUUUUUUUUACAUGUAUUAUGCCACAACAAAAACAACCAAAAUGAUUUUUCUUUUCUUUUUUCUUUUGUGUUACUGAGGCCUUAUUUCUACACUACAAUACUAACCGCUGUUUGGCAUUUUAUCUCACUGUGUACUGUGCAAAUUGACUUUGAUUGCGAAUGACAGAGGAACAAAGACGAGAAGAACAAUGUUGUUGAAUCCCAGUGUGCUCAAAUAUUUAUUGAAGACAUGAAAGCAAACCUGAAGCUUGUAUGCAGCGUGGUGUCUACCUGAAUUUAGCAGCUCACAUCUUUAGCAACUUUUCACCACCACGCUGUCCUUAAAGAAAAAUGUUGCUGACAUUAGGCACUUUUUUUUUUUUUCAAAUAUAAUCAGGCUUAAAAAUGUUCAUCAUGAGCUGAGAUAAAGCAUUUCCUCCAAAGACACGUACAAACAGAUUGUCUUUUCCAACCAUUUGGAGGAUUAUUGGAGAUGAGGCAUUAUUUGCGAUCAGUCAAAGCUUCUGCUGCCGUGUAUUAGCUAACAAAAGGGAAGAUGAGAUGUCAUCGCUGUCAGCACUAAAAGCGUCUGUGUGCGGCUUUUUUUUUGUGUUAGAUGUAGGCAUUCGAAUCUGCUGCUGAUUCUGUAUCACAGAUGCUGGCAAAAGCGAAGGGAUCUAGUUCGGGAUUUUAUGCAGUGAGGAUCCGUCGAAAGGUUUUAAGCCGUUCCUAUCCCAUUUAACUCUCUCGGUGUCUUCAGUUGGUUAGUAUGAGUCCAGGUGAGUUGGUCCUGAAGGCUCAACUUAACAGUCAGCGUUAAUUAAUGGAUCACUAAACUUUAGUCACGUUUACAUUUGUUGGAUAUUUCAGCUGGAAGCAAUGAUGCUUUUCAGAGGAAAUGGGGGUAGGAGGUGGCGCACCGCCGAUGAUACUCCUGUGUGCCAAACACAUACUGAAGUGGAACAUGCAAGUUGUUUCCUAUCAGAGGAAGUAGCUAAUGAAUAAAAUAGCAAAGCAGUGUAAAAAUCAGUAAAAUAGCCUUUUAAAAUUAUAUUUUUGUCAGAUGGUUAAUGUGACCUGAAACACUUUAGGUGUUGCACCCUUGGUACGUUUUACACAGGAAGAUUACUGGCGGUGCAUGGCUUCAAUUAUACUUUCAGUGUUAAUGAUCACUACCUUCACUUUAAAUAAAGACAUACAUUAUUAUCAACCUCAAUUAAGAUAGUAACUGCUAAUAACCUUUCAAAUCUGAGCCAUCUAUUUAAGGCAAAAACACAUCUUCAGGACAAUUAAGGAAAAUAGAGGUCUCUUUGUGAAUGCAAUACAAUUUGGCUGAAGACUGUCUGAAUAACCAAGAAAAACAAAAUACUUGCCACCUGUAAAAUAUAGAGGUACAUUAAAACGCAAGUGGGCUAAAAUCCAACACAGCGGACAGAUAAGACAGCAAAAGUUACAAAGCAGAACACGAUGGGUAAGAGGAUAAACUGGGUCAGAAACCACGACUGUUGUAAAACACGUAGCCGCAGGGACGAAGGCGUGGACGCCACUCAUCACGGAGACAGAAAUAGACAGGAAAGCAGAAAAGAGGAGGGAGAGGCAGACAGUGGAAAUAAAGACACGCAUCACAGACAAGCGCAUAUCUUCCAGCUCUAACUGCAGCUCUGUCAGCCCCGUCUACCCGGAAAAUGACAACUAACCAGUUCCUGUCAGCAUUAUUGCCAAAAAAUGUUUCUUCAAGGGGAGAGUGCCACCUGUCAAUUAGUUAAAGAAACAGUACACCUAAAAUAACAGGACUUUUCCUCUCCAGUUGAUCUUUUUUCCUCAGAUUAUGCUGACAUGAGAUCUAUUUUAUUUAAUGAUAAUUUAUUAACAUUGUGUGAAUGAUUUAUUUUGCCAUUUUCUUUAAAAAUGAAAGGUUUAUUUUUAAUGAAGAAUGUGUUUUUUUUUUUUAUCCAAAAAUAUUCCCGUAUGUUACACAUGUAACUUUUAUUUCCUGUUAAUUAUGAGGCCACAAAUUCCCAGAUGGAUGGGAGAAAAAAGGGAAAUUUGUUCAAAUAAAAGUUUAGAUGUAAACGGCAAAUUAAAUUCUAAAGCAGGGUAAAAAAAAAAAAAAGAGGACCUGGAAGAAUCUGCUAAAACCAACAGACUGCAGUCAAUUAAAGGUGUAUUUGUCUCUAUCUUUAAAGGGCCAAUUUACUUGUGAUGAAUGUGGGUUUAACUAUUGCAGCUUUGCCUCAUAUUAAACCUGCACAAAACUGGUCAUUUGUCUGCUUUGACAUUGGUUAUCCACCUAGAAGUAAUGGUCCUAGAACAAAGGAACAUCCGGGAUAAUUUGGCUGGAGCCAAUAAGGGCUCAUGCAACAAAAGACAGAUGUGAGUCUAAAGGGUUGUCAUGUGUUUUUGUAAAAGGAAAACAAAGGGGAAAGAGAGGCAGAAAAAAGGUGGAGCGAGGAUGAGAGAUUGUAUUUGUUGGCUUGUGUGUUCAUUAUCAGAUGCCUUCUGUCCCGCCGUCGGGACGGAAACAGCUGUUCCCCUGUUUUCGCAGAGAAACGUUGGACAUUAAAAAAAAAUGACUUAUUCCUACCA